GGGUAUCACCCCUCCUGCCAUGCCCUCUUAGCUUAGCUCAGGGGCCAGCAGGGGUUGGAAGACCUGGUGGACUGAAACAGCCCUUCCCACUCUAGAGCCUUCUCUGUGGUUACUUAUUAAACAGACCUGCCCAAGCUUCCACCAUCCCUGAGAACCACCAAAACAUGGAGUGAUCCCAAGGAGCAGGAUUUGGGCUGACAUUUCAGGGCCGUGGCCAGAGCAAGUGGCCCAGCAUGGAACGCGGCCUAGCCUUCCUGCUCCCCCUUUUCAUGGGGCUCCUCCAGCAAGGCAGCGGUGGGCCCCUGGAGGUGGAGCCCCGCGGGCCGGUGGUGGCGGUGGCCAUGGGCGGGUCGAGGCAGCUCACCUGCCGCCUGGCUUGCACGGGCCCCAGGGCCGCCUCGGUGCAGUGGCGAGGCCUGGACACUAGCCUGGGUGCUGUGCAGUCGAGUGCCGGCAGCAGUGUCCUCUCCGUGCACAACGCCUCCUUGUCUGCUGCGGGGACCCGUGUAUGUGUGGGCUCCUGCGGGAACCACACGUACCAUCACAGAGUGCGACUCCUCGUGUUCGCCUUCCCGAACCAGCUGACUGUCUCCCCAGUGGCCCUGGUGGCCGGGCAGGACCAAGAGUUGGCUUGCACGGCCCACAACAUCACGCCUGCCAACCCUGAUGCCUUCUCCUUGUCCCUGCUCCUGGGGGACCAGGAACUGGAGGGGGUGCAGGUCCUGGGCCGGGAUGAGGAGGAGGAGCCCCAGGAGGAUGAGGACCUGCUGUUCCGAGUGACAGAGCGCUGGUUGUUACCCCCCCUGGGGACACCUGCCCCAGCCACCCUCCACUGCCAGGCGACCAUGAAGCUGCCGGGCUUGGAGCUGAGCCACCGACAGCCCAUUCCAGUUUACAGCCUGACCUCCCGGGAACCCCCUGUCACAACCUCCCCAGAGGCCACCCUGGAGCAGGACUCCACCCACAGCCCCAGAAGUCCUGGCCCCAAGCCUGGGAACAGCUCCACCAGGCCCUGCAGCCCUGAGAUUCACCAGUUGCCAGCACCAGGGGGUCUGGAGCUGCUGUGUGAAGCAGCCUGUGGCCCUGGCAUAGCUGUGCAUUGGAUCCAGGCACCCAAUGAUCUGGCAGCUUACAAAAGGUGGGAGGACGGGGCCCAGGCUUGGCUGAGCGUGCUGUGGGCUGGAUGCAACCCAGAGGGCUGGUUCCAGUGUCGAAUGGACCCAGGGGGCCAGACGGCCAGUCUGUACCUCCUCCCAGAAAUCUGCUCCCCACCAAUGUCUGAAGCCCUGUGGAUGGCCAGCUUGGUGCUAGGGCUGCUCCUCCUGACCUUCCUCACCUAUCGCCUGUGGAAACGCUGCAAGCCUGCCGGCUGACCACCAGGCCCACCAGCGCCUCUGAAGUAGCCUGCCUUUCCUUCAACUCAGUCGUGACUGGAGGGCUGCAGGGUUCUGGGCAGCAUGAGGGCCGACCGAGGGUCCUUCACCCGGUGGCCAGAGCAUCUAGGCUCCCCAGCUGGCUGGGUUUCCCGUCUGUGGGACCCCUGGGGAGCUGCCCUGCAACUGGAGAAUAAAGAGCAUG